AUGGGUGACUCCUUGUCGGAUUCGUUGCGUCGCUUUCACAGUCGUCCCGUAGCCAAUCCUGCUGCUGUGGUUGGGGGCCAAGGCGAGACCAAGUACCGUUUCACCCUCCUUACCUCAGGCUUGCUCCGCUACGAGUAUGCUGAAGAUGGCAUCUUUGAAGAUCGUGCCUCGACCUUUGCCAUUAACCGUGAUCUACCCGUACCAGAUUAUGAGGUUAUCGAUACAGAAUCAACCCUUGAGAUAGCCACAGACCACUUCCAUCUACGCUACGACAAGCUACCCUUCAGUCCGGGUGGCCUCCGCGUCCAGGUCAAAGGAGGAGUGACGAGCUACCACAGUGAAUGGCGUUAUGGAGGCACCAUUCCCAACUGCCCACCCGGCAUGUAUGAGCUGGGCGGCACUGCGCGGACUCUCGAUGAGGCCAAUGGUCGUAUUCCACUGGGGCCGGGAGUGAUUGCGGCCAAUGGCUUCUCAGCUCUGGACGACUCGCACACAAUGCUCUUCACUGAUGAUGGCUGGGUAGCCGGACGUCGACCAGGAGCACGUAUUGAUGGCUACCUCUUUGCAUAUGGCUUCGAUUACAAAGCUGCCGUCAAGGCUCUGUAUACAAUCUCGGGGAAGCAGCCACUCUUGCCGCGCUGGUCGUUGGGCAAUUGGUGGAGCCGAUACUACAAGUAUACGGCGGAUGAAUAUCUCGAGCUCAUGGACCGGUUCCGUGCUGAAGGAAUCCCAAUGAGCGUCGCAGUCUUGGACAUGGACUGGCACUGGGUAGACGAUGAGCGCGUACGAAAGAGCGGCUUGAGCGGUUGGACGGGCUACAGCUGGCAGAGGGAGCUCUUUCCGGACCCUCAAGCGUUCCUGGCAGAGUUGCAUAAGAGGGACCUCAAGGUUACUCCCAACGACCACCCGGCAGACGGCGUGGCCAAGUACGAGGAUGUUUUUGAAAAGGUGUGCAAGGCCUUGGGCCGCGACCCUCGUCAGACCAAGCACGUUCCUUUUGAAGCGACAGACCCCAAAUUUCUAAACGCUUACUUCAACGUCGUGCUCCGAGCCCUUGAAGACGAUGGAAUAGACUUCUGGUGGGUCGACUGGCAGCAGGGCGAAUUUUCCGCUGUUCCUGGCGUGGACCCCUUAUGGGUGCUGAAUCAUUAUCAUUUCCUGGCAAACGCGCGUGGCGGCAAACGCCCAUUGACCUUCUCGCGCUUUGCUGGCCCUGGUAGCCACAGAUACCCCGUUGGGUUUUCGGGCGAUACCCAUGUGACUUGGGAUUCGCUCGACUUCCAGCCCGAGUUCACCGCGACAUCUUCCAACAUUGGCUUUGGUUGGUGGAGUCAUGACAUUGGCGGGCACUUGAAAGGUUACAAAGACUUUGAGCUGACCACGCGAUGGGUGCAGUUGGGAGUCUUCUCUCCCAUUCUUCGCCUCCACUCCUGUGAUAAUCCAUUUGUCACCAAAGAGCCGUGGAGCUUUAACAAAGAAGCACAAAUUGUGAUGACCGACGCUCUUCGCCUUCGGCAUCAGCUGAUACCCUACCUAUACUCCAUGAACGUAAGGGCUGCCCGCGCCGACGAGCCCCUUGUUCAACCAGUGUACUGGUACUUUCCCAGACGGAAGGAGGCGUAUCGCCACAAGAAUACAUUCUUCUUUGGUUCCGAGUUGCUGGUGGCUCCCUUCACAUCUCCACGCGACAACGUGACGCGCAGGGCUCGCACAGCGGUAUGGCUUCCGCCUGGGCGCCAUGUUGAUGUCUUCUCGGGCGUUGUCUAUGACGGUGAUCGAGAGAUACUAGUUUAUCGGCCCUUGGAUGGGUAUGCCGUCUUUGCCAAAGAAGGUUCGAUCAUUCCAUUUGACGCGGCCAAGGAGCCGGCAAAUGGCGGUAAGCUUCCGGACUCCGUGGAGUUGAAGAUUGUCGUUGGCGCGGAUGCCUCAUUUGAUCUGAUCGAAGACGACGAUCAAGGGGUUCAUCUUGAAGAAGCCAGCCCCGUCUCUACACCCAUCAACUUUACUCAACAAACAGGCACAUUGACGGUAGGACCGUCGUCUUCCACUUCGACUAUUCCUAGCACACGUCACUGGCUGCUCUCGUUCUUGUCUCUGGAAUCAUCCUCAGACAUUAAGGUUGAAGUUGAUGGCGUAGAGAAGAAGGCGAGGGUCAGUAAAUCUGCUACCACAACAUCUAUUUACCUAGAAUCCGUGCCUUCGACUUCCAAAAUUACCAUUCAAAUUGGAAACGCUCCUCAAUUGGUCAAGACCGAUGCUGCAUACCACACCUAUCCCGUCAUUCAUGAAGCGCAAAUGCCCUUCACCCCCAAACUGCGAGUGUGGGAUGUCGUCCAGUCAAAGACACCAAUCACCCACAGGUUAAGCCAGUUACAGGCUAUGGAUUUGGACCGAAAUCUAUUGGGCGCCAUAUCCGAAUAUUUACUUGCGGAUUCACGAGUAUGA